AUGGCUAAGAAGACCUACGAUUUACUGUUUAAACUACUUCUCAUCGGUGACUCCGGUGUAGGGAAGACUUGUAUAUUGUUUAGGUUUUCAGAUAACCAUUUCACAACUACGUUUAUAUCUACUAUCGGUAUCGACUUUAAAAUAAAAACUGUGGAGCUACGAGGUAAAAAAAUCAAACUACAGAUCUGGGACACAGCCGGGCAGGAGAGAUUCCACACGAUAACCACAUCGUACUAUCGUGGCGCUAUGGGCAUUAUGCUGGUAUACGACAUAACUAAUGAGAAAACAUUUGAUGAUAUCGUCAAAUGGUUACGAAAUAUAGACGAACAUGCAAAUGAAGAUGUGGAGAAAAUGAUCUUAGGCAACAAGUGUGAUAUGGAGGACAAGCGCGUUGUGAGCAAGGAGCGCGGAGAAGCAAUAGCGCGGGAGCACUGCAUCCGCUUCAUGGAGACGUCGGCGAAGGCGAACAUCAACAUCGACCGCGCCUUCUCGGAGCUGGCCGAGGCCAUCCUGGACAAGACGUCGGGGCGCGAGGCGGACGCGGACCACGCGCGCAUCGCCGUGGAGCGCCGGCCCUCGCGCGCGCCGCCCACGCGCGCCUGCUGCACUGGAGCGGACCCUGCGACCGUUAUCUGCUGGGGUGAACAAGGUCUGCGUCAGCGUGUCGAGAGCACAGCGGCCGCCGAUAACGCUCAGUCGCGCACAUCCCACCAACACAACAACAUGAGGCCAAUUGCCGCUGUCACGUUACUGCUCUGUCUCAAACAAGCCUAUUUCACUGAUCCGCCAUGUGUGAUGGAGCUGCAGUGCGCGGAGUGCGUGCCGGACAACAUGCCGCUGGUGACGUCACACCGCGCCGCCAACGGCUCUGUGCGCGCGGAGGCGGGCGACGAGGUGACGCUCGCGUGCGGCGGCGGCAAGUUCCUCGCCUACCCGCUGCUCGACACGCUCGUGGCCGUGUGCGAGGCGGGCCGCUACAGGGUUCGGCGCGACCGCGAGCUGCGCCACCUGCUCGACCUCGGCUGCCAGGAGAGCAUCUUCGAGGACGUUUUGCAUCAGGUGGAUAGCUGUGCGCCGCCUCUUCAGGGGCGAGCGUAUCAGAUGCACGAACAGAGCGGGCGCGGGGUGCGCCACUUGGCCGUGCUGUGCUUCGACGAGGACACGGGCGCGGCGCAGUGGCUGCGCAUGAGCAACGCGGCGCACAACCGCCUGGCGCUGCCGCCGCACAACGAGCGCGGCGCGCCGCUCAGCAUCCUCGGCAACUUCAACCACAUGUUCGACGCCAAAACGAGACACGACGCCGAGAGACUCUACUCCGACGACGUCAAGUUGAACAGGAGAGUGCACGAGCUGUUCAAACACGACCGAUUCUCUUUCGCCGGUCAAUCGCUGACCUCCGCCGAGCUGUUGAGCGCUCACUACUUCGAGGAUCAAAACAUGAGGGCGGCAGACUUUGUCUCCGAUCGCGUCGCCGUGUGGAAGAGCGUAGCCGAGGGAAACCUGCGUCACUUGCACCACGACGUCGCAAAGUUCCUAAAGUUGACCCGUCCCCACGCAGAGAUCGAAGUGUACGCGGGCACUCACGGAGUAUUGUCGCUGCGCUCGGGACACGCUCGCACCGAAGUGUAUUUGAAAGCCGGCAAGAGGUUCCCGGUGCCCAAGUAUAUCUGGAGCGUGGUGCACGCGAAAGCGGCGAACAAAGCCGUGGCUAUCGUCGUUCUCAACGAUCCGUUUGUGGCCGUCAGCGAGAUCAGAGAGACCGUGUUCUGUGAGAGUGCCUGUGGCAAAGUGCCGUGGCUGCACGAGCUGAGGAGACACCGCAACUAUGAGGUCCCGGUCAACGGGCUAGUCUUUUGCUGUACUCUACAGAAUUUCACUAAUGUAGUGACUGAAAUGCCCCGAACUGUGAACGUGCCGGCGGGUAUUGAAGGUAUGCUCACAGAACUGUUUUUUUAG